AUGCAGAAACGUCAACAAGGAUAUAUACAACUUUCGAAUUCGGCUUCUUUGACGGAAUCUUCCGCUCAAAAGCCUUCAGUUAUAGAUCCACAAACCGAACCUCAAGUUGGCGGAAGAGCCAGAGUAAAAUCGAAACAGCCUAAUAGAACGACAAAGACUUCUCAAAAACUAAAACUUUUUCCGGAAGAACAAACUAAUGUUGAAGAAACGAUUGAUGGAAAAUACAAUCAAAUCGGUCAACUUACACAGGGAACUGCUAGAAGAGAAGCUGAAAGACUUAGCAAACAAGAACGACUUAAACUCCCCCGGGUCACUGCAUAUUGCACCGCUGCAACUUAUCGGUUAGAUGAUUUAAUGAAAUAUCUUCAAAAUCGAAAAGUACGUAAUCGUACCGCUCCAAAACGUUUGGAUGAAUGCAUAUAUACACCGUUUUCCUUUCGUCCUCCUAAACCACCAACUACUGCUGAUCUUUUAGGUAUCGAGGAUUCUGUAAUCCUUCCUCAAGAACAGGAAAAUGAAACUCCUGAAAUUAUUUUCUUUGAAUAUGGUGUUGUUGUCAUCUGGGGUAUGAAAGAAGUUGAAGAAAAAAGUCUAUUACGUGAAUUAGUUGCCUUCGAAGACGAAAAAUUAGCUCCUGCGGUUGUCGAAACUGAAGAAUUUCAUUUUCAUUAUGCCGCUUCUUAUCAGCCAAG